AGACUAUAACCACUAAUUUCUCUGCUUCAACUUGUUACAUAAAUGCACUUGAGAACUAAAGUCCAGAGAGGAAAAAGAAAAUUUAGCGAGAGCAAGUAUGAACAUGCGAAACUUCUUCUUCGUGUCAUUUCUGUUACUAGUUUCACUUCACAAUCUCCAAGCUCAACUUGCACCAAACACCGCAGGUUAUGCAUGUACGCCAACCCCAUUAACAUAUCCAUGUCAAACUUAUGUUCAUUACAGAGCUCAAUCUCCAAAUUUUCUAGACCUGGCAAACAUUUCUGAUCUUUUUUCACUGAGUAGACUUAUGAUCACAAAACCAAGUAACAUUUCAUCUCCAAGUUCUCCUCUUUUACCCCAACAAUCUCUUUUGAUCCCUAUAACCUGUUCUUGUAAUUCAGAUUUCAAUAUAUCUUUUGCUAAUCUUACUUACACAAUCCAUGGAGGCGAUACUUUUUACUUGGUCUCUUCCAAUCAUUUCCAAAACCUCACUACUUAUCAGUCCGUUCAAAUUGUUAACCCUAAACUUAUACCAACUAAACUCGAUAUCGGUGAUCAAGUAAUUUUCCCAAUCUUUUGUAAAUGUCCAAAUAAAACCAGCACAGAGACUCAUCAAACAAAUUUUCUCAUCAGUUAUGUUUUUCAACCUUCUGAUAAUUUAUCUGCAAUUGCAACAAAAUUUGAAUCAAAUCUAAAAUCAUUGGUAGAAAUCAAUGGAGGAAAAGAAAAUUUCAGUCCUUAUGAAACAAUUUUCGUUCCAGUUUCUAAACUACCAAUUUUCCAACAACCUACUGGUAUUUCUCCUGUUUCACAACCUACUGGUAUUUCUCCUGUUUCUGAUAAUCCAAGAAGUAGUGUGAGAAAAGGAGCUGUUGUUGGAUUAUCAAUUGGAUUAGGAAUAACAGUUUUUAUGUUAAUUCUAUUGAUUUCGAUUAUGGGUUUUAGAUUUUACAAAGAAAAGAAUGAAGAUAAGGAAGCGAACGGGUAUCAGUUUGGGAAAGGGAAAUCAUUUGAUGAAGAGAAUUUAAUGGCUGAUGUAUCAGAUUGUUUGGAUAAGUAUAGAGUUUAUGGAAUUCAAGAUUUGAAAGAAGCAACUGCUGGGUUCUCUCAAAGUUCUUUGAUUCAUGGGUCUGUGUUCAAAGGAUGCAUUGGUGGAGAAUUCUAUGCCAUCAAAAGGAUGAAAUGGAAUGCUUGUGAAGAGCUCAAGAUCUUACAUAAGGUAAACCAUGGGAAUUUGGUGAAGCUUGAGGGUUUCUGUAUAGAUCCUCAGGACGACAACUGUUAUCUCAUAUAUGAGUUCGUCGAUAAUGGGUCUCUUCAUUCAUGGCUUCACGAGGAAUCUAAUGGCGUUUCAAAAAAGAAACUUGAUUGGAAAACAAGGUUAAGAAUCGCCAUCGAUGUUGCAAACGGUCUCCAGUAUAUCCAUGAGCACACUAGGCCGACAGUAGUACAUAAAGACAUAAAGACUAGCAACAUUCUAUUAGACGGAAAUAUGAGAGCCAAGAUUGCUAACUUUGGUCUUGCUAAAUCUGGCUGUAAUGCCAUCACUAUGAACAUUGUUGGAACCCAAGGUUAUAUUGCCCCAGAAUAUCUAGAAGACGGAAUUGUAACAACAAAAAUGGAUGUUUUCGCAUUUGGGGUGGUUUUACUUGAGAUUAUUUCAGGCAAGGAAGCUAUUGAUGAAGCAGGGAAGGUCUUAUGGACCGAUGCACAUACACUUUUAGAAGGAAAAGAAGACGAGAAACAUGAGAGGUUAAAGAGAUGGAUGGAUUUGGCUCUUGUUAACGGGGAAUCUUGCAUGUUAGAGAGCAUCACGAACGUAAUUGCAGUUGCAGCUGCUUGUUUGCAACGAGAAGCUUCUCGAAGGCCGAGUAUGUUAGAAGUUGUUUAUACACUUUCUAAGAGUGAUGACUUGUAUGUAGAUUUCUCAGAGGACGGAUUAUCUGUAACCCCAGUUUUAGCUAGAUGAGACUGAAAAGUUAUACUCUCUUUGUUUUUUGGAAAACAGUUAUUAUCACUUUUCCAAUUUGACCUAUUUUUAGGCUACAAUGAAACCUCUAUAAUUUUUUAUUUAAAGAAAUUUUAUGAAAUUUCGACA